CCCCUACCGCCAUCUUGGUCUUGGAGGGAGUGGGCCGCACGCGUGAGUAAACAGCCCGAGCAGGAAAAGUCGAAGUCUGACCGCGUCCGGGUGCCGCAGGGUAGCGGCAGAGAGAACGCAGUCCUGAUCCUUGUCGGCUAACAUGACGGCCCCGGGUCAGAGCCCCCUCGCGCCGCUGUUGGAGACUUUGGAAGAUGCUUCUGCUUCCCAUGGAGAGCAGACUGACGCUUACCUGACUCUGGCCAGUCGUAUAACUGGAGAAGGAAAAGAAAUUAUUACAGAAGUUGAGAAGAAGCUUCCUCAGUUGUAUGAAGUUUUUAAGACUCACAUUUCCAGUCAAAACCCAGAGCUAAGUAGUGCUGCGCUACAGGCCUUGGGAUUGUGUUUAUAUAAUCCCAAAAUUUCCUCAGGAUUAUCAGAAUCAAACAUUCAAGAACUACUUUCAAAAUUGAAUGAUGUUGUUAAGACUUCAGACAAAAAUGUACGUACUAGGGCACUUUGGGUGAUGUCCAAGCAGACAUUUCCCACUGAAGUGGUUGGCAAAGCGGUAUCCAGUAUAAUUGAAACAUUAGAAAUAGUGUUUGAUAAAGGAGAGAUGCAUUCUGCCAUUGUUGAUUUUGAAGCAUUAAAUGUCAUCAUAAGGUUAAUUGAACAGGCCCCAAUUCAGAUGGGAGAGGAGUCAGUGAGGUGGGCAAAACUGGUCAUACCUUUAGUGGUUCAUUCAGCUGAAAAGGUACAUCUGCGGGGUGCAACUGCUCUAGAGAUGGGAAUGCCACUGUUGCUUCAGAAACAACACGAAAUAGCAUCCAUUACAGAGCAGCUUAUGACUACUAAAUUAAUCUCAGAACUCCAAAAGCUAUUUAUGAGUAAAAAUGAGACUUACGUGUUGAAAUUAUGGCCUUUGUUUGUCAGACUCCUUGGAAAGACCUUGCAUCGCAGUGGGAGUUUCAUCAAUUCUCUGUUACAGCUGGAAGAACUGGGAUUUCGUAGUGGCGCACCCAUGAUUAAAAAAAUAGCUUUUAUUGCUUGGAAGAGUUUAAUAGAUAAUUUUGCUUUAAAUCCAGAUAUUCUGUGUAGUGCAAAAAGACUCAAGUUGUUAAUGCAGCCUUUGAGUUCCAUCCACGUGAGAACAGAGUCUCUGGCAUUGACGAAACUAGAAGUCUGGUGGUACUUACUGAUGAGACUCGGACCUCAUCUUCCCGCGAACUUUGAACAGGUUUGUGUGCCUCUGAUUCAAAGUACGAUAAGCAUUGAUUCUAACAUGUCACCUCAAGGCAGUUCAUCUCGUGUAACUUCCCCAAAUCUGAAUCCUGUGACUCCUGUACACAAAGGUGCUUCCCCAUACGGAGCCCCUGUAACUCCUCGGAUGAACUUGAGUUCAAGUUUAGGUGGAAUGGCCACAAUCCCCUCCAUUCAACUUUUGGGACUUGAAAUGUUGCUUCAUUUUUUGUUGGGUCCUGAAGUCUUGAGUUUUGCUAAGCAAAACAAACUUGCCCUAAGUUUAGAGGCGCUCGAACAUCCGUUAAUCAGCAGCCCUUCUUUUUUUGGCAAACAUGCAAAUACACUUAUCACUGCUGUCCAUGAUAGCUUUGUUGCAGUUGGAAAAGAUGCUUCUGAUUCAGUUAUCAAUGCUGUUUGGAAGGAACUGAUUAGCUUGGUGAAGUCAGUUAUUGACUCAGGUAACAAAAAAGAGAAACCAGGUUCUGAUGUUUUGACCCUCUUACUAAAAUCUUUGGAAAGCGUAGUGAAGUCAGAAGUACUUCCUGUAUCGAAAACACUGGUCCUCAUGGAAAUUACAAUUAAAGGACUUCCUCACAAAGUGUUAGGUUCACCAGCAUAUCAGGUUGCUAAUAUGGAUAUUCUUAAUGGAACACCUGCUUUGUUCUUAAUUCAGUUAAUUUUCAACAGUAAUCUUUUGGAAUGUGGUAUAACAAAUGAAAGGUUCUUUCUCAAUCUGGAAACACUUGUAGGUUGUGUUCUUUCUGGUCCAACCUCCCCAUUAGCUUUCAGUGACUCUGUUUUAAAUGUUAUUAAUCAAAAUGCAAAGCAGUUGGAAAACAAGGAACAUCUCUGGAGAAUGUGGAGUAUUAUUGUCAGCCCAUUAACUGAAUUGAUUAAUCAGACUAAUGAAGUGAAUCAAGGUGAUGCCUUAGAACAUAAUUUUAGUGCCAUCUAUGGUGCACUGAUUUUACCAGUAAAGCAUAUUUUUUCAGUACAGAAAUUUCCAAUGGCCACCAUGAAAAGCUUACUUAGAACUUGGUCAGAAUUAUAUCGAGCAUUUGCCCGCUGUGCUGCUUUGGUGGUGACUGCAGAAGAGAAUUUGUGCUGUGAGGAACUUUCUUCCAAGAUACUGUCCAGUUUGAAUGAUGAAGGCCUUUCGAAUUCAUUGUUUUUGGAUAGACUUGUUUAUAUUAUUACUGUAAUGGUUGAUUGCAUUGACUUUUCACCAUAUAAUAUUAAAUAUCAGCCUGCUGUUAAAUUACCUCAGACAUCUUCAGAUUGGUCGAAAAAGAAGAAGGAGCCGCUAGGGAAGUUGGCUUCUUUAUUUAAACUUAUUGUGAAAGUGAUCUAUUCUUUCCAUACUCUGGACUUCAAGGAAGUACAUUCUGAUACCCUCCUUGCUAUUGGAAAUUCAAUCAUCAGCAUCCUUUCCAAUGUACUUGGACACAUUUCUUUGCCUUCUAUGAUCCAAAAAAUAUUUGCAACUUUGACAAGACCUCUGGCAUUAUUAUAUGAAACCUCAAAGCCUGAUGAAGUCCCUAAAGUGUACAGUUGUUUGAACAACAAGUUAGAAAAGCUACUAGGAGAAAUUAUUGCUUGUCUGCAGUCUAGCUACACUGGGACUUACGACAGUGAACUUCUUGAACAGCUCACCCCAUUAUUAUGCAUAAUAUUUCUACACAAGAACAAACAGAUUAGAAAACAGAGUGCUCACUUCUGGAAUUCCACAUUUGCUAAAGUGCCGAUACUGAUUUAUCCUGAAGAGUUAAAGUCGGUACUAAGACAAGCUAAACAAAAAUCUCUGCUUCUGUUGCCUGGUUUGGAAAAUGUUGAAACUGUGGAAGAAUCCAGUGGACCAUAUUCAGAUGCAACAGAAAGUUCACAGUUAAAUGUCAAGAUAAGUGGCAUGGAAAUAAAAUCAAGUGGAAAAAGAGAUUCCCUUUUGGCACAGAAAAAGGAUACAAAAGAAAAUAUGAGACCACCAACCAAAUCGAAACGGGAAUCUUUAUCUACAAAAAUAAAGAAUGAAAUUCUUUUGGAAGAAGAAAAGUCUACCGACUUUGUGUUUAUACCUCCAGAAGGAAAAGAAGCAAAGGAAAGAAUACUAACUGAACAUCAGAAGGAAGUACUCAAAACAAAGAGGGGAGAUAUUCCUGCCAUGUAUAAUAAUCUGGAUGUUUCACAAGAUACCUUAUUUUCUCAGUAUAGUCAGGAAGAGUCUAUGGAAAUUCCUACUCUAACUGCAAAACCACAGGAAGAUUCCAAGAUGAGGAUUAAGGAGGAGCAAAUGGAGAGUGGUGUCAUUGUUUCUCAAGAUGUCAUGGAAAACUGUGGUGUGGAUGAACAUCUAGAAAAGGCUUCUCUUUCAAAUAAGAAGUGUGGUUCUGUUGAGGAAACCAGUCCAGAAAUAUUGAGCAAAAAUAAUGAUUCCAGAAAAAAAUCUUUAAUUUCAUCAAAGAAAACUUCAACUGAACGUGCAUCUAGUACAGACAACACUUCUGGUGUCAUCAGUAGCUCAGUUUCUGAUGCCACUGUUUCUGGAACUCCUCCUCAGCCUACAAGCCGAAGGCAAACCUUUAUUACCUUGGAAAAGUUCGAUGGUUCAGAAAACAGGCCUUUUAGCCCAUCUCCUUUGAAUAAUAUGUCAUCAACCAUUUCAAUGAAAAAUAACCAGGAAAGCAUGAGUAAAGCAGAUAUCCCAUCCAAAACAAAGAAAAGACAAGUGACUGUUUCAAAGUCUGACUCUGAAAAAAUAGUGAAUGGAAUUAAGAGGUUAGGUCGAAGAUUGAGUAAAGCUGAACAAACAGGGAAUAAAAGGUCUAAACCUUUACUGAGACCUGAACAGGAGAAAAAUACUCAGGAAUUUAUUGAUGGCAUGUUAGCCUUAGGAAAUAACCCACCUGGUUUGCUUAAUCAAACAGACUGUGUGUCAGACAAUCAGGCUUGUCUUCCUGAAUCUACAAUGGAAUGUGAAGAUACUAAGCUUAAACCAACAGUAGAAAAUGCUGUAGUAUUGGAAAAUAGUGUAGAGGAGAAAAAUGUAGGAAUUAAUUUGGAAUCAAAAGAAAAUACACCCCCAGCAAUAAUACCAGCAGAUCAAAUGGUAAAUGAGGAUAGUCAGGUUCCGCUAACUCCAAGUCAGAAAACCCUUAGACGGUCUCUAAGACGACGUUCAGAAAUAGCAGAAUCUAUCCCUGAUAGCCAAGAUAAGGAAAAUAAUCACCAAAAAAAGGAGAGACGUAAGGAAGAAGAAAAGAUACCUCAGAAGAGUCCAGUACAUGAAAGAGAUGAUGUGUUACCAAAGCAGCAGCUGAUGUCUGAACAAAAUGUACAAGAAAAUUUAAUUGACAAAGGAAAUAAUUUAUGUGAGAAGACUUUUGGGGAAGCCAGCACUAACACUGAAAUUGACCACAGUAGAAGAAAGCCAGACCUUGAGAAUAUUAAGUCUGAAGGAGAUGGUGUCCAGGACACUGGAGAUAAAUCCUCUGAGAAACCAGUAAGGGGACGAACACGGUAUCAAACAAGAAGAGCAUCCCAAGGUUUGCUUUCCAGCAUUGAAAAUUCAGAAUCUGAUAGUUCCGAGGCAAAAGAAGAAGGUUCUAGAAAGAAGAGGCCUGGAAAAUGGAAGAACAAAAGCAGUGACAGUGCUGACAAUGAAGAUCAAGAAGAGAAAGUGGUAAAACAGGAAUGUAUAAAAGUUGAAAAUCAGACACAAGUUAAUAAAAUAAGUUGUGAAAUAGACGUAUCCAAGACUUCUGAUAAAAAAGAUGAAAGUAGCACUGUAACUCUUCAGGAUUCUACAAGCGCUUCCGAUUUGUUAGAAGUUGACAGUGUACCAGAUACACCUGAGGGAAAGAGUAAAACUAAUAGAGGUGCGGAAGAUUCCUUUACAAGUCCACCUGUGCCAGAGUCAAAUCUAAGGACUAGAAAUGCUAAUAAAAGAUUGCAUAAGCGAGAUUCUUCCGAAAGUAUCAACGUGGGAGAGAUCUCAAAAACAGGGACGUCAGACAUUUCUUUGCUUUCUGAAAAAACUCUCCAAACACUUGAAUGCCAACACAAGAGAAGUAGGCGGGUGAGGAGAUCAAAAGGUUGUGAUUGCUGCGGAGAAAAAUCACAGCCUCAGGAAAAGCCAUCCAUUGGGUUAAAGAACACAGAAAAUUACGAUAUAAAGAUAAGCGAAACAAAGACAGAUUUGCAAACACCGGUAACUGUGUCAGAGACUUCUAAAGCGAAUCUGUAUUCAGAAGUAAAACUUUCAGAUGAGCAUCAUAGUGUGAGUUUUCAUUUGGGCCUGAAGGAGAAUGAUACUAUUAAUGAUUCAUCAAUUGUAUUAGAAACUGAGUUGAAAGAAAGUACUAUUCAAGAAUCCCUUCCUUCUGAGAUAGUUAAAGAGACUUGUGGCUUGCAUUCCAGUGAAGCAGUAUCUCUUGAAAGUCAAGAGUCAUCUAAUAAAAAAUUUGAAACAGUUGCUCCAUGUUUAGGUGAUUCCAAGGAAGAAGUUUCACAGAAAAAUUCUCUUUUGGAGAUUAAAGAAGAGAAACCAGGAACUACCUCUAAAAAGAAACCAAGUUUAGAGAACAUCGUUAAUGUUGAAGCAAAUGUACGUAAACUAAAAGAAUCUAAUUUAGAAGAAAUAGAAGUUAUGGAAUUGAAUCUAGAAAGUAAUAAAUCUGAAGCUACCUUCUCUGAGCAAGAGAAUGCCCAAACUGAUAUUUCUGAAAAAGAGGCAGCAGAAGAAAAGAAUGGAGGAAGUGAUGAAUCUGAAGCAGAUGCAGCUGAAGAACUGAAUGCUAAAGAUGUGGCAGCUGAGGAAUUUCAUUCAGGAUAUAGUCAUUCUGAUACUACCACACCUGUAAAAGAGGGUGCUCAAGCUGAGACUUGUGAACGAACAGCAGCUGGGGAACCAGAUGAAGGAAGUGAUAAAUCCGAUCCACGCUCAGGUAGAACAGUGAAUGUUGAAAUGGAAAAUUGUGAAGAAGCAGUAGUUGGUGAAGUGAAUACUGAAACUGAUCGUUUCAGUGAAACAGAGGCUGGAAAUAUGACUCCCCAAACCACUAAGCCUGAAGAAGCUAAAACAGAGAGAUUAAAUGCAGAAAUUGACAGUUUUGUUCCUGACGCACUUGAAAUGAACACUGAAGAAGGAAGGAUUGGCUCUAAUAAAGCUGAAACAAAUACUGAACUUAAUAAAUCUGAAGAAACAGAAUUAGAUGACAGUCACAUGCUAGUGGACAAUGAUGAUGAAACACUAGCAACUCACCAUACUUCAGAGAAAGUGGAGGAGCCCCCACAAUCUCUAACAUCUGAAAUAGCUAUCUCUGAGCUGGUAACAGAAGAGAAUUUAUCUCCUCAAAAAUUAAGGGAACUUGAUCCAUGUCUUGUCUCAGCAAAUGACAGUCCUAGUGGCAUGCAGACACGCUGUGUCUGGUCUCCUUUGGCUUCUCCAUCCACCAGCAUUUUAAAGAGAGGGCAAAAAAGACCGCAGGAAGAUGAGAUUCCAUCACCUAUGAACAAGGUUCGCCGUGUGUCCUUCGCAGAUCCAAUAUACCAAGCAGGACUGGCAGAUGAUAUUGAUAGGCGAUGCUCUAUUGUUAGGUCCUAUUGUUCUUCAAAUAGUUCUCCCAUAGUAAAAAGUGUUAAAACUUCACCAACUGCACAAUCUAAGCGUAAUACCACUUCAGCCAAAGGAUUUCUGUCCCCAGGAUCACGUAGCCCUAAAUUUAAGAGCUCAAAGAAGUGUUUAAUUACAGAAAUGGCUAAAGAAUCUAUGCCAUGCCCAACAGAAAGUGUUUACCCAGCUUUGGUGAACUGUAUGGCGCCAGUUGACAUCAUUUUACCUCAGAUUACAUCAAACAUGUGGGCAAGAGGUCUGGGACAACUCAUUAGAGCCAAAAAUAUAAAAACAAUUGGUGAUUUGAGUACUCUUACAGCAACUGAAAUAAAAACUCUUCCUAUCCGUUCUCCAAAGGUGUCCAAUGUAAAAAAGGCUCUCAGAAUAUAUCAUGAGCAACAGGUGAAGUCUCGUGGACUAGAAGACAUUCCAGUUUUUGAUAUUUCAGAAAAAACUUUAAAUGGAAUAGAAAAUAAAUCUCCCUCUUCUGAUGAAGAAAAACUUGCCUCAGAUUUGGUUGAUCCUGUUGCUUUAGAAACUCCAGUGUCUAAAAAUCUUGUGGCCCAGAUAAGUGCACUUGCUGUACAACUGAAUUCAGAAGAUCUCCAUAAUUAUUCAGGAAGCCAACUAUUUGAAAUGCAUGAGAAACUUGGUAGUAUGGCAAACUCUAUAAUAAAAAAUCUACAGUCACGUUGGAAGUCACCAGUCCAUGAAGAUUCUACUUAGUAUUCUAAGGGAAAAUUGAAGUUCUUUUAACAUCAUGAGUUUUUUUGAUUGAUAAAACAAGCUCUGAAAUGUAGCACAGUUUGAGAGAGAAGAAACUGAGUGUUUGCAAAGUCGGUAACGUUUCAAACCCUGAGGCCAGUGACUUAUUAUGUAAGUUCAAUUUUGUAAGUUUGUUAAUACAAGAUCACUUUUUUCUCCAUAUAAGAUAUUUUCUUGGCUGCUAUGCAUAGUUUUUCAAGAAAUUUAAAUAUAUUACUGAGAUGUGAAAACAAAAACUAGGAACAAAAGCAUAUGUUUCAUUUCAGACUUUCUUAAACUCACACAUAUUCUGAUGAAACAUUUAUUGUAAAAUACCUUAUUUUAAGUAAGUAAAAUUUUUGUUUGAAUUUUUUGCCAAACUUAUAAAAGGUGUUCAGAAUUCAUUUUUCUAUUCGUAGUUGUUGUGCCUGAAGCUUAAGAAAAUUGUUCUUGGUAGAACACUUCAGAUGAGAUGUAAGGGUUGGACUGUUUUCCACAGCUCUUAACUGUAUUUGCACAACGUUCAAGAAACAUGCCAAAAGUCUUAAUGUUUGGAGUUAAAAUACUAAUGCAGAAUUUACUAAGAUUUCAUUCAUUUGCAUUAGCAAAUAUUUGUGCAGCACCGUUUGCCUGUGAAAAUUUACUCCUGUGAGACAUAGUAUUCAUUUUAAAAUGCAUGACUGUACAUUAUGUAUAGACUACAAUGUUUUAAUUUAUAAAUUUCAGCCUUCUUUAAUUGCAUGAAUUUUCCCACAGCUUCUUGUGAAUAUCUUGAUUUUGUUUAAUAGAAACAUUUUGUAUAUACUAAGUACUGAGGUAACAUUUUGAACAGCAUAGGGGCUUCAUGGGCUUGCUGCAGAUGUUUGUAGGACUCUAUUUCCAUAUAAAACAAAUAGUUUGGUAUUUAGGUAAUACUCUUAGCUAAAACCUGUCUUAGUUAAAACAUGAGUUUAUCAUCUAAAGUAACCAGAAUGAGUAAAAUUACAGACAUAAGAAAAUGUUACAUGACAACUUGGUUAUUAACACCCCUAGUUUUUGUUUUGUUUUGUUUUGUUUUUUUGAAGAGGGUAUCAGCCACCACUAGAGAGUGCCUCGUUACAUUUCUUCUUAAUGGCAAGUUAAUGGAAUAUUUUCAUUGCACCUUGGACUACAAGAAGUCUAGAGUUUGCCCACUCUUUUGACCUACACCUAAAAGCAAUUUCUUGGAAGAAAUUUGAAACUGUUCUUUUCUACAUGUAUGUUUAACUUCCUUUUAAAAAGUAAGAUGUAUGUAAUUAAAACAUUUGUAAAUUUUACCGACUAGUAUUAGUGCCUGACUGCCCAUAUUUGUUUUGUCUUUUUAACAGUGAGAAUAUUUCUUUUGUUCUCUGAAUAGAGUGAGUGAGUGAUCUCAGUUUUAUAGUUUAUUCUGAACCUAUUCAAAAAGCACACAGUCUUUAGCAGGUCACCUUCUUUGGUUAGAUUACAGUACCAGUGAUGCCAAACCAAAGUUACAAGAUAAAUCCUUUGUAUAAUUAGCCCUCUUUUAUUCAGAAGGAACUGCUUUCCAGCCACUACAAAAGCCCUUGUCUUUUUUCAUAAUCAUGAAUGCAUGACAGUUAACAAAUAUUUUUGGGUCUGAGUAUGAUAUUCAUACACCAAGGAGAGGAUGGUUUUAAAAAGAAAUUCUGGGACCAUUGUAACUUGAAGAAAUGACUAAUGAGAUAUGAAUUUUUUUAGCAGAUUUACAAUUGUGGUGUACGUUGUUCAUAGUUUUUUCCCCAAAUUAUAUUUGACAGUAAAGAGGCAGGUGAGUUUUUAGUGAACAGAAGUGAAUGAGAAGGGUUAUGGAUGUGUGUGUUUGUGGGGGAGGACAGAGUGCCAUGAUAACAAGUCAAAAUUAGGUGGUUUCCUGACUACAUGUAUUAGUGUGUGAACUAAAAUUGUUUGCCAGUGGGGUGAGUUUCUUGGGAGCUGAACAGAAUAGCAAAAAUGUAAUCAAAAUGAUUACCAUUUAGAUCACUGAAUUUGAUACAUGAACAGGUAUUCAAUAACACUGUGAUUCAGCAGGGUUGUACAGUCAGCCCUCGGUAUCUGCGGGUUCUACAUCCCAACUGCAGAUAGAAAACAUUUGAAGGAAAAAAACAGUCCUGUGUAGGCAUCCCCUGCUGUAGCCUCCUGCCAUCUCACAGAUCCUCAGUCCCCCUGGCUCUCGUUUGAGCGUUGUUUGCCUCGCAUCUGGUCUGUACUGUGUAGUUAGGCCUACGGUGGUUGCGUUUGUACUGAACGUGUACAGACUUUUUUUUCUUGUCAUUAUUCCCUAAACAAUACAGUAUAACAACUAUUCACAUAGUGUUCACAUUGUAUUAGGUAUUAUAAGUAAUCUAGAGGUGAUUUAAAGUAUAUGGGAGGAUGUGUGUAGGUUGUAUGCAAAUACUGCACCAUUUUAUAUAAGGGACUAGAGAAUAUGGAUUUUGGUAUCCACGGGGGUCCUGGAACCAGUCCCCUGCAGAUAUUGAGGUAUGACUGUAUUUAAAAAUAUUAUACAAGAGAACCAGCUUGCUAAAUUUUCAUCGUUGCUGUGGUCUUAAGAGUGCCUGUGUGAGAUAUCUUAUUUUUAAAAUUCUUGCCUUAAAUUUCUCAAUGCUUUAAAUAGAAAAAGGCAUUAAUAUUCCUUGACUGUCUCCAAGGUGGUGGUGUUAUGCCAUCAAAAGGGAAUCAGUUUUUUAAAAUCUUUUCUAGCAGGUAAUAAGAAAGAUGGCAAACGUACAUGAGACUACUCCAAUGUGAUUUUUAAAAUAUGUGUUUCCAAAAAGUCCAGUGGAAUGCAUGAAUGAGUACAGUAUAAUUUUUCACUUCUGUGAAAUCUGUUUUAUAUUUCAUAGUGGAUUUUAACUUUUAGUAUUUCAGUGAGCCCCCUUAUUAAAGAUAUUCUGCCAUUUGAACAAGUUUGAAAGCCAUCAUUGAAUGAUGAAAAUUUGAAUUCCAGAUGGUACAUGAGGAAUCAGGUUAAGUAAUAAUGCUGCCAGAUAAUAUAUUUAAAUAGAAUUCAAAUCUGAACUUGAAAAGCAUGGUAGUUCCUGUAGUUGCCCGUGGACAGCUUGGACUUCUUCUCUGUACAGCUUGAAAGUAGUCAGGGAUUCUGUUGCAUAUUUAGGAAUCAUAAAAACGUCAAGAACCUUGAACUAUAUCAUGCCUAAAAUAAAAGUGACAGGGUAAGAAACAAAAUUAGGGGGAAAAGUAGGAGUGUGUGAAAUAAACAAGUAGAGCAUAUAUGUAUUUUUUAAGGUAAAAGAAUGAGAAUAAUUAAAAAUAAGUGCUGGUUAAAAACUGGCUUAAUUGAAACUUACGAGAAAGUAUAAAUGACUUAAAGGGAUUAUAUUUUCCCUUAAAGUCGUUUCUUCCGACUUUGACUUUGUAAGUCAGUGAGAAAGGCCUAGGUUUUUUUUUAUCUCAUACUCUUCGUAAUUGAUUUUCAGGGGGGGUAAAUUUGCCAGCCAAUCUAGGAUGUCCCAAAAAUAGCAAAUGUUGGCAUUGUUAGGCUGAGACUUGGCUGUGUUUAUGCCCUACCACAUCCCAUGUCCAUUUUUCCCUAAGCCAUUGGAAAAAUCUCGUACUUUGUAUACAAACAUGAGAGUGAAGUGAGUGAAGUCCCCCCACCCCCAUCGUGGGUCUUCCUCUUUAUUUUCUUUUUUUCAUGGUACUUUAGAUGAAGGGAAACCCUGGUGGUGUAGUGGUUAAGAGCUGUGGCUGCUAACCAAAAGGUCCGCAGUUCGAAUGCACGAGGUGCUCCUUGGAAACCCUUUGGGACAGUUUUGGGACAGUCGUAGAGGGUCGCUAUGAGUCGGAAUUGACUUGACGGCAAUGAGUUUUUUAUAUGAAGGUUUACAGAGCAAACAAGUUUCUCAUUAAACAAUACACAUAUGUUUUGUGACAUUGGUUGCCAUCCCCACGACAUGUCAACACUCUCCGCUUCUCGACCAUGGAUUCCUCAUUACCAGCUUUCCUAUCCGCCCCCCUGCCUUCUUGUCCUUGCCCCUAGGCUUCUGUGCCCAUUUUGUUUUGUUUUGUUUUAUGGGCCUGUCUAAUCUUUGGCUGAAGGGUGAACCUCAGGAGUGACUUCAUUACUGAGCUAUAAGGAUGUCCCAGCUCUAUCCAGGACUCUCUGUUGUGAUCCCUGUCAGGAGAGUCAGUGGUGGUAGCCAGGGACCAUCUAGUUGUGCUGCACUCAGCCUGGUGGAGUGUGUGGUAGUUGUGAUUAAAGUGAAGUUUUGACUUACAACAGUGCUUCUCACACUUGGAUGGGCUUGUAAAAUGUAGGUUCUGAUUCAGUCAGUCUGGGAUAGGACCUGCAGUUCUAACAAGCCACCAGGUGAUACAGUUUCUGAUGUUUGAAGACUAGCAGUAUAGCUAGGCCUAAAGGUUUCAAGCUGUUAAUUAGGUUUUGAUAACCCAGGCAGAUAUAAGUUCUUAAAAUUACUGUCGCAAAAGGUAAAAGCUAGCCUAUUUUAUAACUGUUUCAAGUGUAUGAAUUAGGCAUGCAGACUGGUCUUAAAGUCUUCAGAUUAAAGUUGAGAAUUCUUUAUGUUGUUAAGUGUCAAAUUUGGCCCCUUUGGAAACGUUUUUAAAAGAUAGUUUUUUUUUUUAAAUAAGUCUUCUUGGAAUUAAGUAUUUCAUGUUAUGAAGAAACUAGUUAAGCAAAUUAGACGGAGUCUAUUUUCCCAUGAGUAUUUUGGAAUUAUGCAUUGCAGGGCUUUUUUGUUGUUAAUGUCAAUUUAAGUUUUCAAAUUUUAGAGAUUUAGUCUCUGAGUGUUGCCUUCUGUUAUGGGACUUCAUUAUUUUAUUAAGAAACAUUAAAAGCAAAUACUACCCUUAACUGAGUUUGGCAGUAGAGUUAGCAGUGGCAUAAUAAUAAGUAAGUCGUGUCUGACAGAUAAUCCCCAUCAUUUUACUAAAGACUCCUGUGAUGACUUCAUAUACGGUUACAUUGUUGAAAAUUUCUGUUUUCAUUGUAAAUGGAGUUUGAGAGAGUUGAAUAACUUGACUCUCUGAAAAUUAGUUUUUCUUGCAUCCUAUUGAGGUGUCAAUUAGAUUUCCCUCACAUAUUUAAUAACCUUGUUUGUAUAAGAAGUGCCCUCAUCCAAAGCACUUAAGAAAAUGUAGCCAGAAGUUAAAUGUUUGUUUUUUUAAUUGGUUUAUCAAAAUCUAUUGC